CGUUAAUUAAGUAACUAACCUAUAAGUAGGUUAACGACUGGCGCCAUUUCAAGUAUAGGCAGCAAAAAAUAGAUAGAAAAAUUUAUUAGUGCUCAAGUGGAUGAGAGAGAUACAGAAGAUUUACCAUUCCUGGCCACUUGAAGAAUCUUAAGUGUAAUAAAUUAUAAAUAGCAGAAAAAACCUAUUAAUUAUCAUAAUAAUUCUAACAAAGUUAUUAUUAUUAUGUUAAUAAUAGUUUACAUAAUAAUUACUCAAUUAUCAUGUGGGUUUCAUGAAGUUAAAAUCAUCAAUGAUGAUAUACCCAUUAAAUUGAUCAGUUAGUUCUAUUUCUGAGUUAUGGCUGAGUCAAAACUGUCUGUCGAAUUCGAGGAUGUUCCAAGGGCCGUUAGAUUCAGUAAAUUAUAUUCUGGCGAUCAUCUGCAAAUAGAUCGUAAUCCUCAACUCACCCACAUUGUGCACGCAACACUACACUUCUUUCAAUUUGCAACGAUCACGACUAUUGAAGUUUUCCACCAUGUACAUCACGCCAUUCACAAACAAUCAAUGAAACGAGAUCCAACAUUACCAAGUUUAGAUCCAGAACGUAAUACACUACUAAUAAUAAAUUUGCCAUUUAAUGUGGCUAUUAGUCUCACCCUUUGUUUCAUUUGGUGUCUAGCAAAGAACUUCCACAGGAAACUGGACUUUUCUUUGGUCGGUUGCUCAAUUCAAAGUAUCCUAUCAUUUGCAAAUGCAAUCGUAAUAAUGCGACAAGCGCGGAUUCACAUAAAUGAAGCUGGAGUUCACCGAGAAGAUGUUAUCGAACAUCCCAUUUUUAUUCAUUGUUUUGUCAUCUGUAUGCUUUCGAUUUUUGGCUUUUCACUUAAUCAAACACAAUUUUGGCUUCUAUAUGAUUGUCUUGAAUGGCGUAAAAAACAAGAAAAAAAUCAAGAUACAAGUGUAAAUAAAAGUCAUUCGUCUCAAGACACUCAAUAUCAAAUGACUGACAGUAGAAUAUCUGAUGAUCAAUUGAAACUAGACCAUAUGUUGAGACUCGAUAGAUCAUCGAAGAUUGAAGAUGAUCCUGUGAAUUUAUACUGUUGCUGCGUGGAUUACUGGAAUUAUUUCAGAUUACGAGGUAGGCGCAGUGAAAUUAAUCAUGAAUUUCAAGUUGUCUACAUCAUGUGAUAAGCCAAUAGAUGAGAUCAUAUUUAUA